UGCAACCCUGGUUUUGAUAUCGAUACUGUGGCAACUCUGACUAGUUGAAAAAAACGACAACUCUGUCACAGCUGCGUAUUGUAGGUGAAAAAUCCAGCGCAAGUUACAAAGCAAUGGCCUCCGUUAACAAAUUAGCAAUUUUGACCCGCACACUGAGCUCCGCUGCUGCCCAGCAGACGGUGAAGCCACCAGUGCAGGUCUUUGGCCUGGAGGGACGUUAUGCCACCGCCUUGUACUCGGCUGCAUCGAAACUGAGCCAGCUGGAUCAGGUGGAGAAGGAUUUGACGGCACUGCAGGCCACCAUUCGCGCUGACAAGAAGUUGCGUGAAUAUGUGACCAGCCCCAUCAUCAACAAGAAAGUCAUGUCCACUGCUUUGAAGGAGGCAUCCGAGAAGCUGCGCUUUGCUCCGGCUACCGCCAACUUGUUGGGUCUUUUGGCCGACAACGGACGUUUGAAGAAGCUUGAUACAGUUAUCAAUGCUUACAAGACCAUCAUGGCUGCCCAUCGUGGUGAGGUUGUCUGUGAAGUGGUCACAGCCAAGCCCUUGGAUGCUGCUCAAAGCAAGCAGCUGGAAGGCGCACUCAAGUCCUUCCUCAAGGGCAACCAGUCGCUGAAGAUCACUUCGCGUGUGGAUCCUAGCAUCAUUGGUGGCCUGAUUGUUUCCAUUGGCGACAAAUAUGUCGAUAUGAGCAUUGCCAGCAAAGUGAAACUCUACACAGAUGUCAUUCAGUCCGCUGCUUAAGCUUAAGGAAUUAAACUAUAUAAAAGCGAAUAAACCUUCUUCGGACUCUAGUUGAAAUGUUUCCCCA